GGCCGACGUCGCCCUGCUCGACGCGCACCUCAUCGUCAUGCCACUGCCGUGGCGGCGACGCCGCGGCUCGUGACGCGUGACAACGCGGUGACAACGCGGUGACAACGCGGUGACAGCGCCGCGACGACAACGCAGCUCCACGCGCGUCAUGCGCCGAACGUGAUUUUGGAAUAGACAGCGACGCGCCGCCAUGCAGCAGCCACGUCCUUCAGGCGUGCUGCUGGCGCCGCUGUUCCUGCUGCUGGUGAUGGUGGCCGCCGUGCUGCCCCACACCGUGCUGCCCCACAGCCCCUCUCCCGACGAGGCCUCCCCGACGCCUCGGCCGCCAGGUCUUCCCUCUGCUGCAACCUCGCACGACCAGCGGCCAGCCAGUACCGUCGGCCUGACCGCCGAGCAGGCGGCGAGCGGACAGCAGUCUGCCAGCACGCAGACAGACCGGCCAUCUAGCCCCGUCGGCCCGACCACCGCGCAGACAGCGCAGGCUGCGAGCACGCAGACAGACUGGACGACAAUAAGCGCCGACACUCAUGGGUCCACGACGAACGAAGGCAAGGCCACUGAACAGACGACCAAGCAGGCGAGUGCGACCGAUGCGACAAUCAGGUCCACGGCAUCGAGCGCGCUGACGAGCGAGAGGCAGAGCGAACACACGACAACGGUUCCCUCCGGACAUCCCUGUGAGACCACGGACGCGCGGCAGACGGCCGGCAAGAGCAGCGCGACCACACUGGAAGGAACCACCGAGACGGACACUGUCAGUUCUAACACAGACGUGCCUGCCGCGACAACUACUGCCGACAAGCUGAAGACCGCCCAUCCCAAAACCGACGAGGCCACAGCAAAAACAAUUACUGAUAAGCUCAAGACUCCCGGGCCGACCACCGACAAGCCUUCGCCAACAAGGCAAACCACGCCAGACGCGCUCGGGACAGUCAGUGCCAAGGCGGACGUGACGUCACAAAAAACGGCUGCCGAGGACCCGCCGACGCCCGAAGCGAGCAGCGAACCCGCGCCCGUCUCCACCAGCGUGGCCUCGGACACGGCCAGCACGGCGGCCUCGGCCAGCACGACGGGGUCCUUGCUGGAGAUCGAGGUGGAGGAGAGCACGGAGACGGGAGCGCUCAAUAUCGACCUCCGGCAGCCGGAGGACGCCGCAGCUUGGUCGGCCACGCCGGUGGCGUCCACCACCGCGCCGCCCGCGCCGCCCGCGCCGCCGCACCACGAGGACGACGAGACGGGCGGCGUUCUCCCGGACGACGACGUGCAGCAGAACGAGGUUCUCGACGAGGACAUGUACAGGGCGAAGCAGCACAACGGGCCGUGGCUCAUCGGCAGCCGCCUGGCGGGCCAGGACGACGGCGAGGCCUCGCUGGCCUCGUCCUCCACGUCCUCGAUGUCGGCGCCGGCAGCGCCCUCCCUCGGCCUGUACCGCAACUACGACGUGGACAGCCAGGAGCGCGAGCGAGAGCUGGAGGAGCGCGCCAGGGAGCAGAACCAUCCCGCCGACCUGGAGGACACGAACGUGCACGAGGUGAACCACUACGUGCCCGAGGACGAGCAGGACGACGCGGAGCAGCAGCUGCAGCAGCAGAAGUCCGUGGCGCGGUGGUACCUGCUGCUGCUCACCGGCAACGCCACCACGGUGCGCCUGCGCCAGAAGGACUUCGCCAAGUACCUCAAGCUGAACCUGGCGGCGCGCCUGUCCGUCGAGUACAACGACCUGCGCGUCAACCGCGUCGAGUUCAAGCCGCUGCUCAUGGUGAACGUGACCAUCUUCUCGCGGCCCAAGGACAACGAGGAGGCACCGCUGCACAUGCUGGCCGACACCAACGCCACCCUGCUCGAGCUGUCCGGCGAGGAGUACCACGUGCUGCGCUUCAUCACCAUCCCCAGCGAGCACCAGGAGGCGCUGGCCGCGCUGGCCUCGGGCGGCAUCCAGGCCGACUCGUACACGGGGGCCAACACGCUGCCGCCGCGCCACGUGGACGUGGGCGUGGCCGUGUACUUCGCCAUCGCCGCGGGGCUCGUGUCCAUCCUGCUGGCCGUAUUCCUGGUGGGGCUGUGCCGCUACCUGCGCAACAUGGCCGCCGAGGUGGCGUGGCCGUGGCGCCGCUACAAGCCCAUCGUGUGGAGCCUGCCUCUGCAACACCGGUUGUGCGCGGACCACAUCGCCCACUGCGUGCCCAUGCGGCCCAUGCAGUCCCACGCGGCCGUGUGGACCACGGCCGACGGCGCGGCCGACGUCCCCGUGCACAAGAUCCCGGCGCCGGAGCUGCCGCGCAGGCUGGUGCUGGAGCCGCGGCCGCACGCCGCGCUGCCGCCCAUCGUGUGCGCCGACCCCGCGCCCUCCACGGCCGACACACUGCUGCAGGCGCAGCCCGCGCAGACCGCCACCGUCCAGCCCGGCCUGCACGCCUGCAGCGCGCCGCGGCCCAACUCCAAGCUGUCCCUGUUCGGCGAGUUCGGCGAGCAGCAGGUGGUGGUGGCGCCCGCCCGGUCCGCGCGCCAGCCCGGCCAGCCCGGCAGGAACCGCCUGCAGCCCCAGGGCAGGCACCCGCUCGACGUCCGGAUCGGCGGCCGACGCGGCCCCACCGUGCUGGGGCUGGACAACCCCAACUACAUGAUGCAGUGACGCGACCACGCCGUGUGCAGUGGCGCAGAGGCGCAGUAGGCCGGACUUGUGAUAGUGUCUCUUUCUCAUUCCUUAGUGCGGCCCGGCACGGCCCGGUGGACUCGCCAGUGCGCGGGCGUUGGCCAGGGCGGCCCUCUUAUAGUCUUCCCUUCUCAGUGAAUGUCAAUACUAAAUGUCUAUUUGUGAAUAAUGAAUAAAGAUUAUUAUUAUUAAAGUGUUGUAAUAUAAAAGCUACUGUGUAAUUAAAUUAGGUUGAGAAAUAAAGAUGAUGGUAAUUUCA